GUGUCCCCAACAUCUUGGGACCUGGAUUUGUGUGAGCUGGAGUGGUUCCCAGGCCAGGAGCUUGCCUCCGGCAGGCCCACAGUACCCCCGUUUUGCAUCAGGACCCCCCCCCCGGAUGCUCUGAGCCACCCUCCUCAACCCGGAUCUAAAACCCGGGACACAGCUAUCAGGCCAGCCUCUCUCUCCACCCCACCCCCUCUUUCUGGCGUCCAUCCCCUCCCCAACAGCACCUCGGCUGCUGCCUCUGGCUGUGGACCUACACCUCUUCCCCAUCCCCGCCAGGCCUGGGAAGCGGGGUGAGCCUGGAUGAGAGCCCCCCAAUAUGGGGCUUUCCCAGGCCAUGGCCAGAGUGCUCCCGGAGAGGAGCCCUGGCCCCUGAGCAUCUGCUAGAGGCUUGGCAGAUUCCCCGCGGGGACCGUGUCUUCUGAGGACAAAAGGCGGCGGCCAGCAAAGCAGACUGGGUGGGGGGAGGGGGGACCGGCAGCAAGGCGGGCAGACGGGUAGCAGGGGCCAGGACUGGCCCCCCUCCCAGCUUGGCGGUGGCAUGAAGAUGGGGGUGGGAGUGUGUAGUGGGGGAAGCACCUGCCUGGACCCUCACCUGCCAGCUAGCUGGGCACCCCAAGGCUGUGUGCUGCCCACUUGGUGUUCCCCGACGCCCCCAGCCCUGCCCGGUGCAUCCCUUCUGUGCCUGCUUCCCCCGCUGUCUGCGUUUUAGACCAGCCCGGCUGCUGUAUCCACGGCAACAGAAGCAGGAGUGUCACUGGCCGCCAGAACACUGAGGGUCCCACAAUGUGGCCUGGGCUGUGAUUUAUCCUGGGUGAGACAGCUUGAGCCCCCUCCCUGGAUUCCAAGACAGCCCUGCUGAGAGAGCCCAGGGAUAUAAACUUCUGUUGUGACCUGCUACUUCUUGAUCUUGGAAAGCCUGUUGAUGAAGGUUUAAAACAAUAGAGAAAAGUGUACUGAUCCCGAAGCUUCACAGAAAUCCAACACACAGGAAGUGAUCCAAACAUUUACAACCUCCCUUUGAGCCCCUAGAGCCUUUCUUGGUCUGGCUCCCUGCUAUGGCAGGUGCCCCUCACCGGCCAAGCAGCUCUGCUGAUGUUUCCACCUGCGCCUGAAGGAGUCUGCUGGCUAAGGAGUGUGUGUGUAUGUGUGUACACAUUUACACACCCCCAGCUAUCAGCUGGGCCACAGUUCUGUGGGAGCUGUCAGGCCUUGAGGGGGCUGAAAGAGGGCCCACCAACCCCACUUCUCCCAAGCCCCUGCCCUAUUGGCACUGUGUCUGAGACUUCGGGGUGCCAUCAAAAGAGCUUGGCCCCAGGUGGCUGUGGCAGGCCAGGUUGGAGCAAGCUGGGAAACAAUACCGAGGGGUGACUUCCUGGGAGGGAGAGGGUAGAAAGGCUCCACUCAGCCUUGUGUACCUCAACCUCAAGCCCAUCCCAGCCCCAACAAUAGUUCUGAGCUUGCUGCCUUCCCUCUGGGACCUACCAGGUUACGUUAUCACACUCCUUCCCCCCCUGCCCCCUGCUCACACACACCAGGAGCCCUCCUGUUUCCCCCUCAAGCCUUGCCCGUGCCCUCCCACUCCUGUACUGCCCAGGCUGCUCUUUCAGCAAAUCCUACCUGAGCGCCUCCAGGCAACCCUCCCUGAGCCACCAGCCCAUUUAGUCCCUCAUCCAAUUGAUCUGACAGCCUUUGAGGGCUUACUGUGUGCUGUGCACUGCUCUUCUAGAGGAGAAUGUCUUGAGUCUCUAAUCCCCGCCCUUGUGGAGCUUUCAUUCUAAUAGGGAGAGACAGACAAUAAACUGAAUUUUAAUUAAAUUAUAUAGUGGAUUAGAAGAGAUAAGUUCCACAAAGAAAAAUAAAGCCGGGCAAGGGACACAGAGUGCUCUUAGUUCUCACCUGAUUUACUGCAGGAGCCUCCUCUGCAGUCUCCCUACUUCCACCUUUGCCCCACCUGGUCUCUGCUCCCCACAGCAGCAAGGGGGAUCCUUUUCAACCCCAAGUCAUAUCACAUCUUGCCUCUGCUCCCAUGGCUUCCAUCUCACUCAGAGUAAAAGUCAUAGUCCUCACCAUGGCCUGCAUGAUCUGGCCACACCACAUUUCUGACCUCACCUCCCCUCAUUUUCUGAUCACUCACUCUAUUCCACACAUAGUGGCCUCCUUGCUCUUCCCCAAAUACACCACGCGUGAUCCCACCUCAGAGCCUUUGCGCUGGCUGUUCCCUCUGCCUGGACUUCUAUUCCCUCCAAUAUCCACAUGGCUCACUCUCACCUCCUUUAAGUCUUUGCUUAGAUGACACCUCCUCCGUGAAGCCUUCUCUGUCCAUUUCAUCUAAAAGUAUACUUCGCCCACCCCUAGCAUUUCCUAUCCCCCUUCUCUCCUUUACUUUUCUUUUUGGACCUUAUUAUCAUCUGACCUACUAUACUUCACCUAUACAUCUUCUUUACCAUCGAGAAUAUCAGCUCCAUAUGGGCAGGGAUCCUUUUCUAUCUGGUUCACAGCUGUGUCCCCAGUGCCUGGCACACAGUAGAUGCUCAAUAAAUCGGUUUUCAGUGAAGGAAUGCACACAAGCAUACUCAUAUCUUUAUAUUCACAAUACUCCCUGCCCCACUUAAAAUAAAAACCCAAGUCCACAUCAUGGCCCACAGCCCUAUACAAUCUGGUUCCAGACACCUCUGUGACCUCACUUUCUACCACUGUCUCCCCCGCCUGCCCUUUCCCAACCACACUGGUCUUCCCACUCUUUCUUGAGGACGCUAAGCACAUUCCUGAUCAUGAAUAAAAAAGCUCAUUUAAUGGGUGACUACCAGCAUUAACAGAAAAAAAAUCAUGAAAUAGAAUAGACCUAACGGGGUACAUUACACAUAGGAUCAGUACUGUUUUGUGAAACUUUUGGUUCAGUUAUGUGUGUACUCGUGUAUGUGUACCAGGUUGUGAUGUCAAAUGUUUGGCUUACUAUGGGUAGCAGUCAAAAAAGUUUGAAGAACAUAACCUUAGGGCUUUGCAAAGGGGGAAAGGAGCUGCACCAACAUCCCCGCCCCACAGACCCACCAAUAGAGGAAACAGGUAACAGAGGACAUCCAGAGAGGUGAAGCAGCCCCCUCACCCAGCAAGGAGGGGGUAGGAGCAACAGUGGGCGAGGGACAGAGCCUGACACCAGUUCAGGAGUAAGUGCGGAGGCCAUGUAGACCCACUAACACUGCCCUUUCUGUUUCUUCCUCACCUUUCCAUCUGUUUCUGUCUCUUUUUCUUGUGUUUCUCUCUCUCUUUCUCUCUCCAUCUCUAUCUCUCUCUUUCCUUUCUCUCCCUGUCUCUCUGGUUCUGUUUCUUCUAAUCUCUUCUCAUUCUCAUCCCCCUAUUUCCCUCUCAAUUUGUAUCCAUUUAUAUCUUUGUCACCAUUUUUUUUAUUCUAUCCUUUCUCACUCUGUCUCUGUGCCUCUGUCCGCGUUUUUCUCUCUGGCUCUCUCCUGCCGUCAUCUCUCUGUCUCUCUGUGUCUGUGUCUCCCCCAUUAUCCCCAUUUGCAGGUGCAGCCCAGCAGGACAACUGAUGGAGUCCCCCAGGGCCCAUCGAAUACCGGACUGGCUGAUCCCAUAGGGUUGGGAGCAGCCCCUGCCCCUCAGUAUGGCCAACACUACUGGAGAGCCUGAAGAGGUGAGCGGCGCAUUGUCCCCGCCAUCGGCAUCAGCUUAUGUGAAGCUGGUGCUGCUGGGACUGAUCAUGUGCGUAAGCCUAGCAGGCAAUGCCAUCUUGUCCCUGCUGGUGCUCAAGGAACGUGCCCUGCACAAGGCUCCUUAUUACUUUCUGCUGGACCUGUGCCUGGCCGACGGCAUACGCUCUGCCGUCUGCUUCCCUUUUGUGCUGGCUUCUGUGCGCCACGGCUCCUCAUGGACCUUCAGUGCGCUCAGCUGCAAGAUUGUGGCCUUUAUGGCAGUGCUCUUUUGCUUCCAUGCGGCCUUCAUGCUGUUCUGCAUCAGCGUCACCCGCUACAUGGCCAUUGCCCACCACCGCUUCUACGCCAAGCGCAUGACACUCUGGACAUGUGCAGCUGUCAUCUGCAUGGCCUGGACCCUGUCUGUGGCCAUGGCCUUCCCACCCGUCUUUGAUGUGGGCACCUACAAGUUUAUCCGUGAGGAGGACCAGUGCAUCUUUGAGCAUCGCUACUUCAAGGCCAAUGACACGCUGGGCUUCAUGCUUAUGUUGGCUGUGCUCAUGGCAGCUACACAUGCUGUCUAUGGCAAGCUGCUCCUCUUCGAGUAUCGUCACCGCAAGAUGAAGCCAGUGCAGAUGGUGCCAGCCAUCAGCCAGAACUGGACAUUCCAUGGCCCUGGGGCCACUGGCCAGGCUGCUGCCAACUGGAUCGCUGGCUUUGGCCGCGGGCCCAUGCCACCAACCCUGCUGGGUAUCAGGCAGAAUGGGCACGCAGCCAGCCGGAGGCUGCUGGGCAUGGACGAGGUCAAGGGUGAAAAGCAGCUGGGCCGUAUGUUCUACGCGAUCACACUGCUCUUCUUGCUCCUCUGGUCACCCUACAUCGUGGCCUGCUACUGGCGAGUGUUUGUGAAAGCCUGUGCCGUGCCCCACCGUUACCUGGCCACCGCUGUUUGGAUGAGCUUCGCCCAGGCUGCUGUCAACCCGAUCGUCUGCUUCCUACUCAACAAGGACCUCAAGAAGUGCCUGAGGACUCACGCCCCCUGCUGGGGCACAGGAGGUGUCCCGGCUCCCAGAGAACCCUACUGUGUCAUGUGAAGCAAGCUGGUAGGCAGACAGGCAGGGAGAAGGUCAUGGCUACCGAGAUGGGGCCAGCAGUAAGGAAAGGGUGGGCCCCAUACAGGAGCCUUUCUUUGUGAGCUCCAGCCCUAGCCCCUCAAACCACCCGGAAUCUAGGCACCUUUGCCAACACCUCCCCAGGGCUGGAGACUAGGGUGGGGGACUGGGAAAGAGGCGUUUCUAAUUCUGUGGGGCCUGUCUCCGCUGCCUCCUUCUCCACUUCUACAAUCUCUCUCCUUUCCUCUCUCUCCCUCUCUUUCUCUCUUUCUUCCUCUCUCUCUCAGAAGUGACAAUUCAGAAAAAGAAAAUAAGACUGAAAUGCAGGUUUUUCUACUAACAGCUGAGGAGACAGGCUUUCUUGCUUUAAUGUCUCUCCUUCUGACAUUGUCCAGAAGGGGGAAAUUUGUCCUGUAAAAUAGACUUCCAGAGCUCUUAUUGCCCCCUCUGUUCCCAUGCACCCUCCCCUUCUGAGUCCUUUAGCAAGGGCUGGAUGUUUAGGGAGAAAUUCAUCUGCUGACAACAGGGACCAAAGGGAGUGCUGGGUCCCCAGGGAGCAGAGACGUUUAAUUGCUAUGUUGUGUGCAAUGUUGUUUUAAGCUAACCCUGGUUCAAAGCCUGGUUUCCUCUCCCUCCCCACCAUGUCCUGACCUCCCAAGUGUUUCUUGAGCAUCUGUUCAAGAAGCCAGAGGGGAGGGAGAAGGAUCCCUGGGAUGGGCCCAGGCUAGGUGAAGAACGGGAUGUGAGCUGCACUCCUGGAGCUGAAGAGACCUGAGCUUGGCUGCAUUCUUUCGAGCUGCCUCCUGGAUCCCCAACCCCCAACUCUUCUUCCUGAGGAUGGAAACCCACUCCAGCCCCACUAGGGCUGAUGUGGGUACCAUACAGGGAGGAACAUACCCCCAGGGAAGUAUAGGGAGGGAGCCAAACUCCCCAGAGUAACUGGAUCCCAGCGCCUGGGGUCAGAGCGGAACUCAACCCCAGAAUUGUCUCCUGGGUUCACACUAUUCUUCUGAGGAUGAAAAGUUGGGGGGUGGCCUUGGUAUAACACAUAGUGGUAUAAGCUCCAAGGCACUGUGGACUUGAGUCCAUUCCUAUCUGACCUCUUUUUGUCCCCUUCAAGCCUCGGGGGCCUCAAGCCCCUCUUGGUAGCCCUUGGCCUUCUGGGCCCUCAGCCCCCAACUUCCUUCCCCUGAAUAGCCCUUCUCCCCCUCCCUCCACCCAAAGUGGAGCAGACUGCAGCCAGAUUCUCCAGGUGGGAGAGCCCAAGCCUCCCUCCCAGGGCAGAGUCCACUCUGGGCUCACAUCACUGCCAGUUCUUAUGGACUGGUGAGCCAAGCUGGCGUUCCUUUGCCUGGCCUUGCCCAGAUUCUUUGUCUCCCUCUCAUUUCCUGAGGGAGGGGGAGAUCUGUAUUUAUCUACCUUUCUGAUAGAAGCCGUUGUCCUAAGCUCCCUCCCUACCCCCAAGACAGCCCCAGAACUGGGGAAGCCUUGACCCAAGAGGAAUGGGGAGGGCACUCUAGGCAGGAGAGACAUUAAUGAGCCUGGCUGUGGAGUGGCCCUGGAAAGGCAGGCCAGAGUGGCUGAGAGGCUGGGGUGGAGGGUACCUGUUCUCUCAGUGAUAGUGAUGGGGGUACCUUUCCCAGGGAGUGGGGUGGGAGGGAACCACAGGGGUGGGAGUAGGUAGGGUACAUUCUGGAGGGUUUUCCUCCAUUUCUUUUUUCUAACUGCCUGGAUUCACCAUUGGAUUUUGUAAAUGGAAAACUGAAAAGAACAAUGCUAUAUUGGAUGUUUUCUCUUUCUGACUCUGUGUGUGUGUGUGUGUGUGUGUGUGUGUGUCCUGUCUGCAUGACCACAUGUGGGGAAGUAUGGUCAAGUGGGACUGUGUCUGUGUGACUUUGUGUGGGGAGGCACCACUGCCUGGUACACACAUGUGAGCAAAUGCCUGUAUGUGGAGACAUAUGGCACACACACACAUACAUGUAUGCACCUAAUUGAAAGGAGACAAACUAGACUACGUGCCAGCAUUGGGAACUAGAGUGGUGCGAGAAAAGAAUUUUAAAACCAUACAUAUGUAUGCAGCAAGAGGGUAGACUCCCAUCUCAUAAAAUCUUCCUCCUUUGUCCCAGGCUCUGAACAUGGGGGAUAGGAUACUUCAGAAUCCCGUCUCUUCCCAAAGCCUGGAGCCCCUGCGUACCAUUCCAACUCCUGUGUCAGUCUCCUCUCCAAAAUGCAAACGAGGUGUUUCUGAAAGUGGACCACUUUGGAGAACAGGGACUGUGAUUUGGGGAUCAAACUUGAAUGGGGGAACUAACGGGGUUAGAAAAUGCCCCUUACAAAGUAAUGACUUUUGGAAGGACUGCUCAGUCUGGGAUGGGAGCCCUUCUGAAGAGUCGACUGUAUACAGCUGGAACUUCAGUAAGCUUUGACUAAAUUCAGAGGAGGGAUAUUACAGGGGAGAAAAAGCCAAGCCUGGGAGUCUACCCAGCUAGCCUGCUCCCUGGGCACUCAAUUACUUUAAUAUUUAUUUAUUUAUUCUCUCAGGUGCACAGAAUUGAGUUGACCAUACUCCUCAGUUCUUGGCACACUACAUCAUUGUUGGUCCAUGCGAGUCCCUUUAAUUCUUCGUUUUGUUUUGUUUCUUCCCCUUCAUCACCCAUCCCUGAUCCAAUACCCCCUCCCACAUAGGCACCCACUCUCGUGUAUUUAAUGUAUGUCCUUCCAAUUCACCGUUCAUGUGUUUAUUUACAUAUAUGUGUAUCUGAAAAAUAUAUGGUAUUGUUAUGUGUUUUAAUUUACAUAAACAGUAUUGU